UAAAUUGAUAUGCGCAUGCGCAGUGUUUUCGGUCACGUCCUUGUGUUUACAAUCGACUUUAACUGGAAAUAAUCCUCAAAGUUGGACUUUACCGCUUCGUUUCAUAAAAUAAGAUGUCACAGAAAGAUCCUUGUCAAAAACAGGCCUGCGCCAUACAGAAAUGUUUACAAGCUAACAGAUACAUUGAAAGUCGAUGUGAGGAUGUGAUUCGGGCCAUGAAGAAGUGCUGUGAGCUCCACACAGGAGAAAACUCAGUUUGCUGCUCUGGAUUUGCCAAAGAAAACAAACCUACAGACCCAAAGACAUGAUAACAUUCAAAAGAAGGAUCUACAGUACGUGUAUUUGCUGCUACACAUCAUUAAACACUGUCGUUUAGUGGA